AUGGCCUUGCCGCCCUCGCUCCAGGCGCUCUCGAUCGGCCCGCUCGAGGCGCCCAACACGCUCGAGCUGUUUGUCGACUACCUGUGCCCCUUUUCCGCAAAGCAGCUCCACGGCGUCGAGCAGCACCUGCUUCCGCUCGUGUGGGGUGAGUCGAGCCCGUACGCCGGCAAGGUGCGCAUCGUCGUGCGCCCCUACCCGCAGCCGUGGCACUCUUCGUCGACGCUGCUGCACGAGUCGGCGCUCGCCGUGGCCAAGAUCGCCAUCACCGACCCAAAGGUCACGGCCGACCCUAGCCGCAACGCCUUUUGGCUCUACUCGGUCGAGCUGAUGAAGAACCAGGAAAAGUACUUUGACGGCCCGGCGCGCGGAAAGAGCCCCGACCAGAUCCGAGGCGAGCUGGCCACGCUGGCCAUUGACACCGUCGGCGAGGGCCCCAAGCGACGCAAGCAGGCUGCAGUCCACCGCGACCUCGAGGGCGUGCCGCUCGGCCAGUCGGUCAAGAACCUCAUCCGCGUCGAAAAGGAGGGCAACGCCGGCAACGCCGUCGUCCCGGACCUCAAGUACUGCGUCAAGCUGGGACGCCAGAACGGCAUCCACGUCACGCCCACCUGCCUCUGGAACGGCCUGGUCGAAGGCAGCAUCUCGUCGUCGUUUGGCGCCGACGAGUGGAAGGAGUUCCUGUCGAAGCAGGUCGUCUGA